CUCUGUAUCAACAAGUUCAUUUUGCUACCGAUUCUUCUUCAUCCAAGAUUCAUUCCACUCCUGGAAAGCGUUGAUUUUUGUCGUUCGUGUGUAUCUGUGUUCAAUGUGAAUGUGUUUGCGUUCACAGUGGUUCCUGCCACUUCCGAAACAUUUACUCCUGCUCUACAUGAAAUACUCCUGGACAUCGGUCAGUCAUGAAGCGGAUGGUCCACAGUUCACUUCCGUUAAAAAAAACUUCCUUUCCAACUGUGACUAAACACUUCUCGUAACCGUGAAACAUAUACUCGAAUGUCAAGGUGAAAUCGUCAUUUAGUGUUACACAAACUCGUGUCGUGCAAAUUUUCUUCUGGAAUUUGGAUCAUGUUCUUCAAAAGGAACAAUCUAGAAAGAUCCGGAGGUGAGAAGCCGGAGAAAUCGAUAUUAGCGGAAGUGUCUUAUUUACCAAGAGUUCGAUAGCCUGAUCUCAGAAGCCACAAAAGAUCCUCAUUUUUUUUUCUUGAAAAAAAAAAAAAAAUAAAACAUCAUCAGGAUGUCGUGUUGUGACGAUGGUUUCCGAUUGGCUGAAGCACCUUCCGUGUGCUCAAUGAAGAGCAAAGCUCAAAUUGAUGCUCUUUUCGAUGAGUUAAGAUCCAUAUGCAGUUCCACUAAUGGAGGAUGGUAUCCAAUAAUUUCAACAGGAGUUGUUGAUCACGAUUCAGAAGAUAUCAGCUCCGAGGAACAGAGGAAGAUCAACAAUGCUGUUCAGGCUCGUAUUGAGUCAAUGUUCGCUUCUGUUGAGGCUGAAAGCGGAACACCUGGAGAAUGUGCUGCUGCAAUUUUACCGGUUAAAUAUUUGGGAGCAGCUCCAGUGGGUGGACGUGUGGCGAGUGUUCGUGGUCUUCAGGAACCACUUCGUCAACUAUUGGAGCAAAAGAAAGAAUCCACAAAUGCUGAAUUGGAAGUCUCACGUCGAGGAUUAACAUAUCGAACAGUGGAGCAUUAUGAAAAAAAUAAUCCAUUUCGAAGAAUUGCCGUUUGGAGUGCUCUGAGGCUUCGUGCGAAAAAAACAACAAACGGUGGUGUUCAUCAUGCAUUUAUGCCGCUGGUCGGCGAUGAUUUAACAUCAUCCGGAGACGAGAGACACUCGGAUCUUUAUCGAACGAUGCGUGGCCUAAAUAGUCAGGUAGAAGGUUAUCCGCCAAUUUUUGCUGUUGUCAUGAGACGACCAGGCGUUGCUCGUCUUCUCGAGUGUCACGCUUUUGCUUGUCAAGCCGAAGAGGAUGCUAUCGCAGCCGCUGCCACACUCUAUCGGGCUCUCGUUGCUGAUUUAGAAGCCAACAGAAAAAAAUUUUACCACAGAAGAAGGCCACGGCAGACAAAUGGCGUUGGUUGUGUUUCUCUUGCCUCGGUUAUUUCGAGCGCACGGGAUCUGAGUCCAGCGAGUAGAAUUAAAAACAUUCGUCGUUCACCACCACCAUCGCGACCAAUGGCUCCACAUCCGGUUAGGCCACCAAGGGCAAAGAAGAGUUCCGUAUCGAGUGCCACUGAAGAAGAGACAACGAAAAAAUCCCCCGUAGUUGUUGAAAAAGUCCCACGACGAAAGAAGAGACUCACUGAAAUUAAUCCCGACGAUAUUUUAGAAGCAAGAAAUCGAAAGUAUUCAUUAUCAAAAAAUUCCAAUAUAAAAAAUGAAAAAAGACGCGAUACCACAAAAGUUGAAAUACAAUUAAAUGAAGAGCGUAUGAAUAAUAAGAAUAAAAUUUACGGUACAAAGCAGACGCACACCGGUAAAAUUAUUGAAAUUCCACGAGGUCAAGCUGACAUUACGUAUGACGAUAAUCGAAAAUGUAAUGAAUACGAGAGAUUUAAUUUGAAAAAUAAAAAAAAGAAUUGCUGUCACGAGACAAAUAAUCAAAAGAAAAUUAAUGAGAACGAAAAAAAUGAAGAAAAUAUAUACGAAAAGAAUCAGGGAUUUUAUGAUCUUAAUCGAUCAGCUGCUAAGAAUCGCGAGGAGAAUUGUGACAGGGGUAAAUAUAAAAUUUCUUCCGAGAUGAAUAAAGCCCCGGAGAAGAAAGAUUCAGAAUGCAAAAGUCGAGAGAACUCUAUUUACGAAAAAAUGUCGAAUAAAAGAUCAAGUAGAGAGAAAUUAAACGAGGAACACUUGAAGAACGCCGAUAAGAUCUACAGCCUAGGUCAGGAAGAAAUCUACACACCCAGGAAGCCAGCAAGAACUGAUAUAAAUCAAAUGCAAACAAAAUGCAUUCCACAGCAAGAACAUCGAAAUCAAAAGGAUAAUGCAUCCGAGGAAGAUAUCUACUCUUGUCGUCAGGCCAAUAGAAUUUCCACUCUCGAUAAACCCAUGAAGAAACAACUUCUUCAGGAUCUUAGCACCAACAUUCCACAAUGUUGUCAGCGAACUAGACGUAGAAGUCGAGCCGGUAGUGAACCACCGUCGAGUAGAUCCGAGGAGGCUUUAAAAUGUCUACAAGAGACAAAAUUAAAAAGAUCACAAAGCGAUAUUGACGUGGAUAAAGGAGAUUUAAUGACUCGUGUUGAAUUGCCAAGGAGAGGGAGUUUCCUGAAAACGGGAAGUACAAGAAGACCAAAUACAAUAACGGGUGGAACACCGUUAGGAUUUACGGAAUUAUUCGAUGAAUUUCGAAAUCAGGAAGGAUUAACAAGUGUCGAUGACAUUCUUGCAACUAUUAUCGAUCCGGAGGGAAUGUCUUUUAACGAUUUGAAGCCAUUAUAUAAAGAGUUCUUGUUAAAAUUGGCAUCAACCUUGACACAGGAUGAAUUGUAUCAAAGGUCAGCGAGUAUAAUGAGAAGACGUCGUCGUCCCCAGAGGCGUCGAUCAACAAGUCGACCUUCUCUCUUGGGUCGUGCGAUCAGAAGGUCAGUUUCACGACUCAAAGGCGGUCCAAUGGAAUUUACAUCUGUUAUUUUUCCCGCACGAAAAUUAAAUGAUAGCUUUGGUAGUAGUUCGUCUUGUGAUGUCAGAAAUAAUCAUAGAAAUCGUGUUCUUGCCAGCAGGCUCGGCAAAAGAAGAUCGUCCUGGCGAAAAAAUAAAGGAGCAAUUGGACAAACUACCUCCGAGGAUAGCGAUACUUGCAAGCGAUGGAAUCGUAAUAUUGGAGCAAAUAGAAGUAGCAGCGGUUAUGUGAGUUGCAGUGAAUGUAGUUAUGAUUCAGAAACGUGUACCUGUAUCUCGGCAGAUAAAUGCUAUUGUUCUUUAUCGCGAAAAGUUCCCGCUGAGCAGGCAGUUAUUUGUUCUUGUGAUACGGACAGUUGUUCAGAGAGUAACAAAUGUUAUUGUCCCAGUCGUCCUGAUCAACCAACAAUUUUGGAACAGCUCCGUCAACGAGGAAUCGUUCCCUCAGAGAGUACCAUCAGCCGUGGAGGAAGUUCCGAUCGAGCAAAAACAGCCAGAACCAAUAGAAGUAUCGCUUCAUCUCAGAGUCUUGAAUUUCUCAAGGUUAGACCAUCGCCAAAUCGAGGAAGUUCGGAUAAUUUGGCACUUGAUUAUGAUCUCUUUAGUCCAGGAAGAAAAUCACAACACUCGUCAGACAGUGAAAAAGUAUUGGUCGUCAGUGCAAGAGAUCCACAGGGUCGUUUAGUUUACGUUGGUGGCACUGAAAGACAUAAAAAAUCAACAAAAACUUGUCAGGGUAAAGCAAGUUUACAUCAUGAGGCACUGUCAAUUAAAAAAAGUGCAGAAAUUGCCGCAAUUUUUGGCGGUAAUAACGGACGUCUGGGAAGAAAGACAAGUAAUGCAUCUAGCGUGAGAAGUUCCGUAAGUUUGGAAGCUGGAUUAGGUUACUUACCUUAAAAAAAUAUACUUUUAAUCGAAUACGGGUAUUUGAUGCUCAAUUUAAUUUUAAAUGAUUAAAAAAAUCAAAAACACAUUCCAAAGGAUCUUGGAAAUAAAUCCGUGUAUGUUUAGAAUAGUUCUCUUCUUUUAGAAAAUACUAAAAAGUUUCCUAUAAUUCUGAAAAAUUUAGAAAAUUAAUUAAUUAUAUUCAUAUUUAAUUUGCUACAUUGAACCUGAUAUAGCGUAAAUGUAAAGACAAGGGAUAGUGCAAUAUAAUGUAAAGUACGAAAUAUUUUUCAUAAGAAUUGAAAAAAUUUGAAUGAUUAUUAAAAAAUUGAUAUUUA